CGUCGCACCUGACUCCUUCACAGGUGAAAUCAUCGUAGAAGUUUCCACUGAUUCAGAUUGGGCAUCGCUACAGAGCCUCACUGAAUGGAGAAGCAGCUCAGGCAUCUUGGUAGAGUUGUGUGGAAUUGCUAUCCAGUGGAAGUGUAGAACUCAAGAUACAGUCGCUACUUCUGUGUCUGAAGCUGAGUUAUACGGGAUGAGUGAAGGAGCUAAAAUGGGUCUAGUUUACAGAAACCUACUUUCUGUAACGCCAUUAAAAGAGUUUCUAAUGCGUUUUGGAUUCUCUCUGCAAAGAACCCUGAAACAGUUCGGGGACAAUCGGGGCGCCAUAAAACAUGUUACAGGCAGUCAGCCAGUUGCUCGCCUGAAGCAUAUAGUUAUACGUAGUGCGUAUAUCAAAGAGCUGAUCAAUACGGGAGAAGUGCAAGUCUUCUUCCUUGAAUCUGCUAAAAAUCGAAGUAACGUCUUAAGUAAGAUUUGUCGUGGUAUUGAGUUUAAACGUGGACUAUUACAAUUAAAACUCCUCCAGGUUGAAGCUAUUGAUGCGGAAGCCGAAUAA